CUCAGAUAAAACCGUUCGCUACUUAAAAUAGUCUUCAGAAAUAAAACUGUUUUACAACUAAACGGUUUGAAUAUGAAGACUACCUAUCUCAUAUUCAUAUUGAUUUCGGCUUUGGUUCUCAAGACUACAACAGGAGAAUUGUAUGUAUUAAUAGGAAAAGUAAUAAGCUUUUUGAUAGAAUUUGCAAGGCUUCAAACUGUGUUUCUACCUUUUUAUCCAGAAACUAAGCUCUUCACGAAAACAAAACCAGAGUAUGAUUUUAUUAUCAUUGGGUCUGGUCCAUCUGGAGCUGUCGUUGCGAACAGGUUAACAGAAAAUUCCAACGUGAAUGUACUAAUGUUAGAACAAGGAGUCGAACCAGGCUUGAUUGCCGAUGUGCCCAUCAUAGCUGGUGCUUUGGAAUUCACGAGCUAUAACUAUAGAUAUAAAUCUGAACCACAAGAACAUUUUUGUAGAGCUUGUACAGAUAAAAGAAUGGAAUGGCCACACGGUAAAGUAUUAGGUGGAAGUAGUGUUAUGAAUUACAUGAUAUUCGUUCGUGGAAAUGCUCAUGAUUACGAUAAAUGGGAAGAAAUGGGAAAUCCAGGAUGGUCGUACAAAAAUAUGUUACCCUUGUUAAAGAAAAUGGAAGAUGCUAACGUUGAAAAUAGUGAUACGGAAUAUAGAGGGACUGGUGGCCAUUUGUCAGUAAGCGAUGUCCCAUACAGGACUGAAAUAGUACAUUCAUUUGUCAAUGCAUGCCAAGAAGCUGGGCAUAAGUAUCUGGAUUAUAAUGGAAGGAAACAAUUGGGGGUAUCGUACAUUCAAGCUACUCUAAGAAACGGUCUUCGCUGUAGCGCCGAAAAAGCUUAUAUUCGUCCAGCAAGUGUAAGAAGUAAUUUAAAAAUAAAAGUAAACUCACAAGUCACAAAAAUAUUGGUUGAUAAAAACACAAAAACAGCAUAUGGAGUUGAAUACCUUUAUAGAGGUAAAAGAUAUUAUGUGCGGGCUAAAAAAGAAGUUAUUUUAUCUGCUGGAGCCCUAAAUUCUCCGCAAGUUCUAAUGUUGUCCGGAAUUGGACCUAAAGAUCAUUUAAAUGAGCUUGGUAUCCCGAUGCUAAAAGACUUGCCAGUUGGUGAAAAAAUGUAUGAUCAUGCAACGUUUCCAGCUAUUAUGUUUGAAGUAAAUCAAAGUAUUGUUCUAAAUGCUGUUACAGGCUUUUUUAAUCCAUUAAAUUAUAUUGGGGUUAUCUCAGAUGCCGGAUUGUUCACUUCGAUAGGGGGAGUCGAAGCAAUUAAUUAUAUAAAAACUAAAUAUGCAAAGGAUCCUGAUCCUGGUUAUCCUGAUAUUGAACUACUAAUGAUUGGAGGAGCUCUCAGCACAGACUUUGGUUUUGUUUUUAGAAAAAUAUUCAAUAUUCCGCCAAAGGUAACCCCAGUUUUACUCCAUCCGGAAUCAUACGGUUCUAUCAAAUUAAAUAAAUCAAACCCUGAAGGUGCUCCAUUGUUUUAUGCUAACUACUUUUCCGAUCCAGAGAAUCAUGACAUCAAAACUUUCAUUGAGGGAAUGCGAGAGCUUCAGAGGAUAAAUUUGAUGCCAUCUCUACAAAAGGUUGGAGCCAAACUGGUCGAUAUACCAGUGCCAGGCUGCGAAAACUACAAAUUUAACUCUGACGAAUACUGGGAAUGUGCUUUACGAUCCCUAAUAGGGAGUUAUUACCAUCAAGUAGCUACUUGCAAAAUGGGCCCAUCAUCGGAUCCGGAAGCUGUAGUAAAUCAUUUGUUACAAGUACAUGGCAUUAAGAACUUACGAGUUAUUGAUACGAGUAUAAUUCCCUACCCACCUUCAUCACAUAAUGUUGGUCCAGCGUAUGCUAUUGGCGAAAAGGGGGCAGAAAUAUUAAAGAACCACUGGAAGAUUUAGCGGAGAGUUUCUAAACUUUAAACAAAAUUUUUUGAUCUUGUUAAGAUACUACUGCUAUUCUUUAUAAAAGCAUUUUUUUUUA